CUGUUCCGCUGCAGAGAGUCCGACAAAUUCCGCAACGCGAAAGACCAUUGAGGAACCUGCGAGAGAUAAGCGCUGUUGGGGAGUUAAAGGAUGCGGUCUACUUCGCACUUGGAAUCACUUUUAUUGCGAUCCUGUGGAUUUACAAAUAUAUUUGGUGGAUAUUGAAUGAAAAGGAUAUUACACGGAAUUUAUAAAUCGACACUAAAACAAAGGGGAUAGGCGUUGCCAUGACAGUUGACUUUUGAUUGCACCUCCGAGCCAAGAAGCCAACAGCCACCUGUGUCUCGUGCCGUCUAAACUGGAACACAAGCACCAUGAAGAGCACCUCUCAAAUCCUCUCCCUGUGUUUGCUCACAGUUCUGCUGCUGCCGCAUAUCUGCUCUGGCAUCAAAUGGCUAGCUUUGUCACACACGCCUGGGUCUUUACACAUCAACCAAACCCAGCACUGCAAGAUACUGCCUGGCCUGGUGUCCUCCCAGGCCCAGCUCUGUCGCAGCAACCUGGAGCUGAUGCACACCAUCAUCCAGGCGGCGCGGGAGGUUAAGAAGACCUGCCAGAAGACAUUCUCCGACAUGCGCUGGAACUGCUCCACCAUAGACAUCCCUAGUGACUCCCCAAAGUACAGUCCAGACUUGGACAGAGGCACAAGGGAGUCAGCGUUCGUCUACGCACUUUCGGCAGCUGCCAUUAGCCACACCAUUGCGCGGGCGUGCACCUCAGGGGACCUGCGUGUGUGCUCGUGCGGGCCCAUCCCUGGGGAGAUCCCCGAGCCGGGCUACCGCUGGGGGGGCUGUGCCGACAACCUGCACUACGGCCUGGUGAUGGGCUCCAAGUUCUCCGACGCCCCCAUGAAGAUGAAGAGGGCGGGCUCGCACGCCAACAAGCUCAUGCACCUGCACAACAGCGAAGUGGGGAGACAGGCCCUGAGAGACGCCCUGGUGAUGAAGUGCAAGUGUCACGGUGUGUCCGGCUCCUGCUCCAUAAGGACCUGCUGGAGGGGUCUCCAGGACCUGAGAGACGUGGCCAUGGACCUGAAGACCAAGUACCUGUCUGCCACCAAGGUGGUUCACCGGCCCAUGGGCACGCGCAAGCAGCUGGUCCCCAAGGACAUCGACAUUAGGCCCGUGAGGGACAACGAGCUGGUAUACCUACAGAGCUCCCCAGACUUCUGCUCUAAGAACGACAAGCUUGGCUCCGUCGGAACCCAGGACAGGCAGUGCAACAAGACCUCGGUGGGCAGCGACAGCUGCGACCUGAUGUGCUGCGGCCGUGGCUACAACCCCUACACAGAGAAGCUGGUGGAGCGCUGCCACUGCAAGUACCACUGGUGCUGCUACGUCACCUGCAAGAAGUGCGAGAGGAUUGUGGAGAGAUACGUCUGCAAAUGAGUCCCUUCCGCCUUCACUUAUAAACACACACCCUCCCUCCCACCCAUUCCACCAACCCCGGUAUCUAUGGGAGAGGGUGGGGCACAGAUAACCAAAGCACUACGUUACCCAGAAGGCUUACUUUUGUCUUAAGCUUCAGCAUGUAUAUUUUGACAAGAAACGUUUUAUUUUUGUUUAAUUAUUAUAUUUCGACAAAACUCCAACCGGUAAGUUGGGACGUUUUUUCUCUCUCUGGUUUUUUCGUGAACUUUGGCUCUGAGCUGUUGUGACAAGGCCUGUCAGUUCACGUUCAAGACCACCGUCCUCCAGGGGUUUUCCUCUUGUUUCUUGUUACACUCGCCCUACUCGGAUGUUGAAAAUCUAUUUUCUUAUACGUUUAUUAAAAAGAAGUGAUAUUGGAUCAUGUGUUUGGAUGACAGAAACCAAAGUCUCAGCACUCUCUUGAGUGUCUCUCAAGUUCUGAGGGUGACAUUUCAGAGAAUUCUCCGGAAUUCAAAAGGGGGGUCUGGAGCUUCCAGGGGGGCGUUUGUUCUAAUGGUACUCAGAGAACGAGGUGAACCAAGAAGAAGCAGAAGAAACACACAAAAGGGAACUUCAAGUACUUUCAGUCGUGGAACUUUCUGGUGACUUUUGUUUGACUGGACACUUAAGCACUGGUACUCGAUAGUGGAGAUGCCUUCAUCGCUGUGCAUUUGCAGAAAAGGACAAAGAACUCUUAGUGUUUAAAGCAGUGCAUAAUGUUUGACACCCACACUAACAAAUACACACACAAGUUGUCCACAAGUGAACACAUUCAAAGCAUGUCAACUGUAUGGGUCUGCUUCAAUGCCAUUUUGUAAACCACUUUUGUGUGGAUGUACAUAUUGUCUUUUUGUAUGCUGAAUUAAAGAAAGAAAUAUUUAUAAACAAAUUAAAGAAUCUUUAAGCUCUGUA